AACUUAUUGAGACGCACCCCUUAGCGGUGUCUGUGAUGUUUCAUCAAUGCAGUGUUUGCGAACUUCUGCAGGCGCACGAGCGGGAAUCUGACAUAGAAAAAGUGCAUCAUGUCACGUCCCAAUACUGCCUCCCCCAAGCCUGCCAUGGGCCACUCCAAACACUCUGGUAGUGGAGGGCUCAGGGGAAAAGGGCUGAAAGACAUACGCAUCGAUGAAGAAGUUAAGAUUGCUGUGAACAUCUCCCUUGAAAGGUUUCAGUACAGUGAGCAAAAAGAAAUUGAGUUUCCUUCCUCCCUGUCCAGUACUGAGAGGGCCUUCAUCCAUCGCUUUGCGCAGUCCCUGGGAUAUAUCUCUAAAAGCAGAGGAAAAGGAUCAAGCCGCACCCUCACUAUCAGAAAGAAGGAUGGCUCAGAGACGGCCCAGUCUAUCAUGACUUUCAACCUUUCCCACAAUUCCAAGCAUGUGGUGCGCAGCUUGCUGCAGAGGUUCCCCAUCACCAACAAGGAGUGCAGAGACCUACUGCCUCACACUGAGAGAGGCCUGUCUGUGGCCAUGGAGGCUGAGAGCAGCCGUGACAAGAACAGGACCAGCGGGCGGCUCAACAAUGGCAUCCCCCAGGUGCCCAAGAGGAGGGGCCCGUCUGAGCUAGACUUCUUCCGCCGCUCACUGCCUGUGUACGAGCGCCAGGAGGAGAUUGUCCAGGUCAUCAAAGACAACCGUGUGGUACUAGUGGUGGGGGAGACCGGCUCGGGGAAAACUACACAGAUCCCACAGUUCCUCCUGGACGACUGCAGCCGAAAUGGGAUCCCCUGUCGUAUCUUCUGCACGCAGCCCCGGCGUCUGGCUGCCAUCGCUGUGGCGGAGCGGGUUGCAGCAGAGAGAGGGGAGAGCAUCGGUCAGACCAUUGGCUACCAGAUCCGCCUGGAGAGCAGAGUUUCUCCUAAGACGCUGCUGACCUUCUGCACCAGCGGAGUCCUGCUGAGAACACUGAUGGCUGGAGACGCCACAAUGUCCACUGUUACUCAUGUCAUUGUGGACGAGGUUCACGAGCGGGACAGCCUAAGUGACUUCCUGCUGAUCAAGAUGAGGGACAUGCUCCAGACGAUGCCAAAUCUGAAGCUCAUCCUGUCCAGCGCUGCCCUGGACGUGGAGCUGUUCCUCCGCUACUUCAGCUCCUGUCCCGUCAUCCACAUCAAAGGAAGACCAUUUGAGGUGAAGCAACUCUUCCUGGAAGACAUCUUGAAGACAACGGGUUAUGCAAACAAAGACAUGAUGAAAUACAAAAAGAAGAUUCAGAGGGAGGAGAAGCAGCAGACGUCCCUGACAGAGUGGUGUAAGGUCCAGGAGGGCGGCUCCCGCCAGGAGCCCCAGAGGGAUAAGACCUCAGCCUCCUGUGUCCUCCAGGAGAACGACCUGCUGGAUGAUGGAGGGGACAGUGUCUUCAACCAGCUGAAUGAGAAAGAUGUGGCGUCAUUGGACCCGUGGCUGCUGAAGGAGAUGGAUGCCUGCAUCUCAGACAUCUUCCUCAACCAGGACGCUGAUGCCUUCAUCCAGCUCUUCAAUCUCAUCCUUAGUGAGAACGUCAGCGUGGACUACAUGCACAGUGAGACAAGCGCCACUCCCCUCAUGGUGGCAGCAGGUCGAGGCUUCCUCAGUCAGAUUGAGCAGCUGCUUAGUAUGGGAGCCAGCGUCAGAAUCAAGGCCUCCAAUGGCUGGACAGUACUGGACUGGGCCAAGCACUUCCAGCAGGCAGAGGUGGUGGACCUACUAGAUUCCUACCUCUCAUCCCUGGAGGCGGGGAAGCUGGACGAGUGGUCCCUAGUGCAGGCAGCCACCACAGAGAUGAGCCCGGAGGACCAGGAGCUUCUCAAGGAAUACCACCACAGCUUUGAUGACGAGAGGGUGGACCUGGACCUCAUCAUGCACCUGCUGCAAAACAUCUGCACCAGCUCUGAGGAAGGUGCGGUGUUGAUCUUCCUCCCCGGAUACGAUGAAAUAGUGGGUCUGAGGGACCGUAUCCUGUACGACGAUAAAAGAUUUGCAGACCACUCCCAAAGAUACCAGGUCUUCACACUCCACUCCAACAUGCAGACCUCCGAUCAGAAGAAAGUGCUGAAGAACACCCCUGCUGGGGUCCGGAAAAUAAUUCUCUCCACCAACAUCGCAGAGACGAGUAUUACCGUCAACGAUGUGGUGUUUGUCAUCGACGCAGGAAAAGUUAAAGAGAAGUCCUUUGAUGCCCUGAACAACGUGACCAUGCUAAAGAUGGUGUGGAUCUCCAAGGCCAGUUCUCUGCAGAGGAAGGGCAGAGCUGGGCGUUGCCGACCAGGGAUCUGCUUCCACCUCUUCAGUCGCCUCCGCUUCAACAACAUGCUGGAGUACCAGGUCCCCCAGCUACUGAGGAUGCCCCUGCAGGAACUGUGUCUCCACACCAAGCUGCUGGCCCCCAUCUCUUGUCCCAUCGCUGAAUUCCUAUCUAAAGCACCCGAACCACCUCCCAUCCUCAUCGUCAAAAACGCAGUGCAGAUGCUCAAGACCAUAGACGCCAUGGACCCGUGGGAGGACCUGACGGAGCUGGGCUACCACCUGGCUGACCUGCCUGUGGAGCCCCACCUAGGCAAGAUGGUUCUGUGUGGUGUGGUGCUCAAGUGCCUGGACCCCAUCCUGACCAUCGCCUGCACGCUGGCCCACCGCGACCCCUUCGUGCUGCCCUCCCAGGCCUCCCAAAAGAGGGCAUCCAUGCUGUGCCGGAAGCGCUUUACUGCAGGGACCUUCAGCGACCACAUGGCCCUGCUCCGAGCUUUCCAGGCGUGGCAGAAGGCCCGCAGCGAUGGCUGGGAGAGGUCCUUCUGUGAGAAAAAUUUCCUGUCCCAAGCCACCAUGGAGAUCAUCAUAGGGAUGAGGACCCAGCUGCUAGGACAGCUCCGAGCCAUAGGCUUUGUGCGGGCGCGGGGCGGCGGAGACAUCCGCGACGUGAACCUGAACUCUGAGAACUGGUCAGUGGUGAAGGCAGCCCUGGUGGCCGGGAUGUACCCCAACCUGAUCCAUGUGGACCGUGAUAGCUGCUCCCUCUCCGGGGCCAAGGAGAAGAAGGUCCGCUUCCACCCCACCUCCAUCCUCAGCCAGACACAGCCCCACAAGAAGAUCCCCCCAGCCAAUGGCCAGGUGGCGGCCAUCCAGUCCCUGCCCACCGAUUGGCUGAUCUAUGAUGAGAUGACGCGAGCACAUAGGAUAGCUAGCAUCCGCUGCUGCUCUGUGGUCUCCCCAUUCACUGUAGCCAUCUUCGGGGGCUGUGCCAAACUGCCCAGCACAGCCCUACAGGAACCUGCCAUUCAGAAAGAUGACGUGGUGAAUGAGAGCAGUGACAGUGAGAUGGAGGAUCGCUCCACAGCCCACCUGGCUCAGAUGAAGAUUGACGAGUGGCUCAACUUCAAACUGGACAGAGAGAUGGUGGGUCUGGUGUUCCAGCUGAGGCAGAAGUGGCACAGUCUGUUCCUGAGGAGGAUCCGCUACCCCUCCAAGCCCUGGUCCCAGCUGGAUGAGAACACCAUACGGGCCCUGGUUUCUGUGCUGGGGGCUGAGGAUCAGACUGCGGGGCUGCAGCAGCCCACAGGAAUUGGCCAGAGGCCCCGACCCAUGUCCUCUGAGGAGCCCCCCCAGACCUCCUCCUGGAGGACUGCCAACAGCAGGAGGACCUCCGGCCCCACAGCCAGCACCGACGACGAACUCUUUAUCCCCACCCCCUCACAAAAAGCCACAGACAGGUCUUCCAGACUGUCCCCUGCCUCCAGACUGUCCCCUGCCUGGGCCCUCCUGCAGCCCAAAGUCUCCCAUGGCAGCAGGGACAAGUGCUCCGAGCUCCCCACAGAUGACCACUCCUCCACCACCAAUUCUCCUGAAUCUGCUUCACUCUGCCUCCGCAGCCCCUGUGCCAGCCCCUCCCCCACCUCAUCGGGAAAGUGCUCCAAGUCUCCAUCCCCGCGGCCAGGAGGUGUGACGGUGCGUUACUUCAUCAUGAAGAGUAGCAACCUGAGGAACAUUGACAUCUCCCAGCAGAGAGGAAUCUGGUCUUCCACGCCCAGCAACGAGCUCAAACUCAACAGAGCCUUCCUGGAGAGCAGCCAGGUUUUCCUGGUCUUCUCUGUCCAGGGCUCCGGACAUUUCCAGGGCUAUGCACGGAUGAUGUCGGUCAUCGGACAGGAGCGCUGUCAGGACUGGGGCUCCACAGGGCUGGGGGGGGUCUUCAGUGUGGAGUGGACCCGGAAGGAGAGCCUGCCCUUCCAAUAUGCCCAGCAGCUGCUCAACCCCUGGAACGACAACAAGAAAGUGCAGAUCAGCAGAGACGGACAGGAGUUGGAGCCUCAGGCUGGGGGCCAGCUGCUGCUGCUGUGGGAGACUCUCAGGGAAACCACAGCAGCUACCACAGCAACACAAGGUACAACAGGCCCCAUCUUUAUCAUCAGAUAACCAUAGGUUACACACAACAUGACUCCAGAAAUAUAAUUUGCAGUGUUUAAGGAAAUCAGACAAAAUAACUCCUCACUCUUGGACAGACCCAUUUCUUAAUUUAAAAUGCACCAAACUUUUGUUUAAUUUUACGCAGCUUUGGCCUGUUCUUUUGCUAUGCCCAUUUGAUUAUUUUUUUAUUAAAUACUAUUACCAGUUGGCAAUGUGGUCAUUAAAUGUAUUUUCUCCCUCUUUACCUAUGAGAGAUUGCACUGCUUGGACUGACCUUGAGGUCCUCACCAUUUGACUUGGCUAUGUAGUAUUAUAACAGAUUGAAGACAGUAUUAUAACAGAUCGAGGGCUAGUUUUGUUCCUGAAUGUGUUUUGAACCACUUCCGUAGCCACUUCUUAACAACCAGUUACACAAUGUGCAUUCUAUUUGGUGUUUUUUCAGUAACUGGGGUUUAUGUUCAGCUUUUCAGAUGCAAUAUUGUUAUUAUGUUCAUGUUCAAGAAUGUCUGAGUGCAGAAAUAUGUGUUUACAUGAAGUGGCCUCACGAAGAAAGGUCUGUUCUGUUUGUUUUUAAUAAUCUGGAUAAUACAGUUUAUAAGGAGACUGACAUCUACCCUAACUCACAGUGAAGUAUAUGGGACUAUGGAAGAGAGGAAGUGUUCAGUGAAAUGUAAUGAUUGGGAGUAUUAGUGAGGAAUCUUGUCCCAUAAAAAGUAUGUCUUGUCAAUGCUUCUCACAGCACAUACGGUGCACUCAAAGUAUUCAGACCCAUUGACCUUUUCCACAUUUUGUUACAUUACAGCCUUAUUCUAAAAUGGAUUAUAUUGUUUUUUCCCUCAUCAAUCAACACACAAUACCCCAUAAUGACAAAUCAAAAAAAAUGUUUUACGCUAAUUUAUUACAAAUCAACGAAACUAUUACAUUUACAUAAGUAUUCAGACCCUUUACUCAGUAUUUUGUUGAAGCACCUUUACAGCCUUGAGUCUUCUUGGGUAUGACGCUUGGAACACCUGUAUUUGGGGAGUUUCUCCCAUUCUCUGUAGGUCCUCUCAAGCUCUGUCAGGUUGGAUGGGGAGCAUCGCUGCACAGCUAUUUUCAGGUCUCUCCAUAGAUGUUUGCCUCAUGGUGGUGGCAACUUUCCUCCAGCCGUGACGCUUGGCAUUCAGGCCAAAGAGUUCAAUCUUGGUUUCAUCAGACCAAAUAAUCUUGUUUCUCAUGAUCUGAGAAUCCUUUAAGUGCCUUUUGGCAAACUCCCAGCGGGCUGUCAUGUGCCUUUUACUGAGGAGUGGCUUCCGUCUGGCCACUCUAACAUAAAGGCCUGAUUGGUGGAGUGCUACAGAGAUGGUUGUCCUUCUGGAAGGUUCUCCCAUUUCCACAGAGGAACUCUGGAGCUCUGUCAGAGUGACCAUCGGAUUCUUGUUCACCUUCCUGACCAAGGCCCUUCUCCGAUUUCUCAGUUUGGCCCAGCGAUCAGCUCUAGGAAGAGUCUUGGUGGUUCCAAACUUCUUCCAUUAAAGAAUGAUGGAGGCCAUUAGGUUCUUGGGGAACUUCAAUGCUGCAGUAAUUUUUUGGUACCCUUGCCCAGAUCUGUGCCUCGACCCAAUCCUGUCUUGGACAAUUCCUUUGACCUCAUGGCUUGGUUUUUGCUCUAACAUACACUGUCAACUGUGGGACCUUACAUAGACAAGUGUGUGCCUUUCCAAGUCAUGUCCAAUCAUUUGAAUUAACCACAGGUGGACUCCAAUCAAGUUGUGGAAACAUCUCAAGGAUGAUCAAUGGAAACAGGAUGCACCUGAGCUCAAUUUUGACUCUCAUAGGAAAAGGUCUGAAUACUUAUUUUAUUUUUUAUAUACACUACCGGCCAAAAGUUUUAGAACACCUACUCAUUCAAGGGUUUUUCUUUAUUUUUUACUAUUUUCUACAUUGUAGAAUAAUAGUGAAGACAUCAAAACUAUGAAAUAACACAUGGAAUAAUUUAGUAACCAAAAAAGUGUUAAACAAAUCAAAAUAUAUUUUAUGUUUGAGUUUCUUCAAAUAGCCAAGCUUUGCAUUGAUGGCAGCUUUGCACACGCUUGGCAUUCUCUCAACCAGCUUCACCUGGAAUGCUUUUCCAACAGUCUUGAAGGAGUUCCCACAAUUGCUUAGCACUUGUUGGCUGCUUUUCCUUCACUCUGCAGUCCGACUCAUCCCAAACCAUCUCAAUUUGGUUGAGGUCGGGGGAUUGUGGAGGCCAGGUCAUGUGAUGCAGCACUCCAUCACUCUCCUUGGUCAAAUAGCCCUUAAACAGCCUGGAUGUGAGUUGGGUCAUUGUCUUGUUGGAAAACAAAUGAUAGUCCCACUAAGCCCAAACCAGAUGGGAUGGCGUAUCGCUGCAGAUUGCUGUGGUAGCCAUACUGGUUACGUGUGUCUUGAAUUCUAAAUAAAUCAGUCAGUGUAACCAGCAAAGCACCCCAACACCAUAACACCUCCAUGCUUUACGGUGGGAAAUACACAUGCAGAGAUCAUUCCUUCAUCCACACCGCGUCUCACAAAGACACGGCGGUUGGAACCAAAAAUCUCCAAUUUGAACUCCAGACCAAUGGACACAUUUCCACCAGUCUAAUGUCCAUUGCUCCUGUUUCUUGUCCCAAGCAAAUCUCUUAUUCUAUUUGGUGUCCUUUAGUAGUGGUUUCUUUGCAGCAAUUCUACUAUGAAGGCCAGAUUUACGCAGUCUCCUCUGAACAGGAUGUUGAACUGUGAAGCAUUUAUUUGGGCUCCAAUUUCUGAGGCUGGUAACUCAAAUGAACUUAUCCUCUGCAGCAGAGGUAACUCUGGUACUUCCAUUUCUGUGGUUCUCCUCGUGAGAGCCAGUUUCAUCAUAGUCCUUGAUGGUUUUUGCGACUGCACUUGAGGAAACUUUAAAAGUUCUUGAAAUUUUCCGGAUUGACUGACCUUCAUGUCUUAAAGUAAUGAUGGACUGUCGUUUCUAUUUGCUUAUUUGAGCUGUUCUUGCCAUAAUAUGCACUUGGUCUUUUACCAAAUAAGGCUAUCUUCUGUAUACCACCUCUACCUUGUCACAACACAACUGAUUGGCUCACGCAUUAAGGAAAUUCCACAUUAAUCCAGGUGACUACCUCAUGAAGCUGGUUGAGAAAAUGCCAAGAGUGUGCAAAGCUGUCAUCAAGACAAAGGGUGGCUUUUUGAAGAAUCUCAAAUAUAAAAUAUAUUGUUUACCACUUUUUUGGUUACUACAUGAUUCCAUAUGUGUUAUGUCAUAGUUUUGAUGUCUUCACUAUUAUUCUACAAUGUAGAAAAUAGUAAAAAUAAAGAAAAACCCUUGAAUGAGUACGUGUUCUAAAACUUUUGACCGGUAGUGUAUAUACAUUUGCUACAUUUUCUAAAAACAUGUUUUCACUUUCUCAUUAUGGUGUGUAGAUUUUAUGGGGAAAUGUGUUCAUUUAAUCAAUUUUAGAAUAAGGCUGUAACGUAACAAAAUAUGGAAAAGGGGAAGGGGUCUGAAUAGUUUCUGAAUGUACUGUAUGAGUUUCAUGUACCAUAGCAGCCCGUGGCACACAAUGUGUUGAAUGUUGUGUUAACGUUAAUACACUGAGUGCACAAAACAUUAAGAACACCUUUCCUAAUAUUGAUUUGCACCCCAUUUUUCCCUCAGAACAGCCUUAAUUCGUUGGUGCAUGGACUCUACACAGUGUCGAAAGCAUUCCACAGGGAUGCUGGCCCAUGUUGACUCCAAUGCUUCCCACAGUUGUGUCAAGUUGGCUGGGUAUCCUUUGGGUGGUGGACCAUUCUUGAUAUAGAUCGGAAACUGUUGAGCGUGACAAACCCAGCAGCAUUGCGGUUCUCACACUUAAACCGGUGUGCCUGGCACCUACUAGUACUAAUAACCCGUUCAAAGGCAUCUUUUGUCUUGCCCAUUCACCCUCUGAAUGGCAAAAAUACACAAUGUCUCAAUUGUCUCAAGGCUUAAAAAUACUUUAACAUCUCUUGCCCUUCAUCUACACUGAUUUGAAGUGGAUUUAACAAGUGACAUCAUAAAGGGAUCAUAGCUUUCCCCUGGAUUCACCUGGUCAGUCUGUCAUGGUAUCAUGGAAAGAUCAGAUGUUCCUAAUGUUUUUUAUACUCUUUGUAUAACCUUGAACUGCUGUAGCUAAGUUGUGCCUGGUGAGCCCUUACUAGAGUUCAUGUCUUUCUCUUUCAUUCUGUCAACGACCCAAAUGUUUCUGUGUUUUCAUUUCAACUGAUCUGUGAUCGUUUGUAAUUUAUUUUGUAUAAUUUUUCUAAUAAACA